AUGGCUUCGGCUACUCUCUCUGUAGCCAAACCUGCUCUUCAGGCAAAUGGGAAAGGCUUCUCUGAGUUCUCUGGUCUUCGAAGUUCAUCAAGCUACCUUCCCUUGUCCAGGAAAACUUCAGAGGAUUUCCAUUCUGUCAUUUCCUUCCAGACCUAUGCAGUUGGAAGUAGUGGAGGAUACAAGAAGGGUGUAGUAGAAGCAAAACUGAAGGUUGCCAUAAACGGGUUUGGAAGGAUUGGAAGGAACUUCUUGAGGUGCUGGCACGGUCGUAAAGAGUCCCCUCUUGAUGUCAUUGCCAUCAAUGACACUGGUGGUGUGAAACAAGCCUCUCAUCUUCUCAAGUAUGAUUCCAUCCUUGGAACCUUCGAUGCUGAUGUCAAGCCUGUGGGGAGUGAUGUCAUCUCUGUUGAUGGAAAAGAAAUCAAAGUUGUCUCUGACCGCAACCCUGCCAACCUUCCCUGGAAGGAGUUGGGGAUAGACCUGGUGAUUGAAGGAACUGGGGUGUUUGUGGACAGAGAAGGUGCUGGAAAACACAUUCAAGCAGGAGCUAAGAAGGUGCUCAUCACAGCCCCUGGCAAAGGAGACAUCCCCACCUACGUGGUUGGUGUCAACGAAUAUGAUUACAGCCCAGAUGAACCCAUCAUCAGCAAUGCCUCUUGCACUACUAACUGCCUUGCACCCUUUGUCAAGGUUCUUGACCAGAAAUUCGGUAUCAUCAAGGGCACCAUGACUACCACUCAUUCCUACACUGGUGACCAGAGGCUUCUUGAUGCUAGCCACCGUGACCUGAGGCGUGCUAGGGCAGCAGCUCUGAACAUUGUCCCCACUUCAACAGGAGCAGCAAAGGCAGUGGCCCUUGUGCUGCCAACCCUCAAAGGCAAACUCAAUGGCAUUGCACUGCGUGUGCCAACCCCAAACGUCUCAGUGGUGGACCUUGUUGUUCAGGUCUCAAAGAAGACCUUUGCAGAAGAAGUGAAUGCAGCCUUCAGAGAGAGUGCAGAGAAGGAGCUGACGGGAAUCCUCUCAGUCUGUGAUGAGCCCCUUGUGUCUGUUGACUUCAGGUGCACUGAUGUGUCCUCAACCGUUGACUCCUCGUUGACCAUGGUCAUGGGAGAUGACAUGGUGAAGGUGAUUGCCUGGUAUGACAAUGAGUGGGGAUACUCCCAAAGGGUUGUGGAUUUGGCUGACAUUGUUGCCAACAAAUGGAAGUGA